CGCCCAGAUAUAAAGGGUGGCUCCGGCAGCGGCUCGCGACUAGCCGGCGGCCGCAGCAUCUGUGCCGGGCAGAGGGGCAGCAGUACGGGCACCGGCACCAUGGCUGAUCAGUCUUUUGUGACUCUAGCUACGAAUGACUCUUAUGUUAAAGGAGCACUGGUCUUGGGUUCAUCUCUGCAACACCAGAGAACAGUAAAGAAACUAACUGUGCUCAUAACGCCUCAGGUCUCUGCUCCCAUGAGGAAAGUGCUAGAAAAAGUCUUCGAUGAAAUCUUAUUGGUAGAUGUCUUGGACAGUGGAGAUUCAGCCCAUCUAGCACUAAUGAAAAGACCUGAGCUGGGUGUCACACUAACAAAACUCCACUGCUGGGAACUGACUCAGUAUUCAAAAUGUGUGUUCAUGGAUGCAGACACAAUGGUUUUAUCAAAUAUUGAUGAGCUUUUUGAGAAAGAAGAGCUAUCUGCAGCACCAGAUCCAGGCUGGCCUGACUGUUUUAAUUCUGGAGUUUUUGUUUAUCGACCUUCCAUUGAAACAUACAAUCAUCUGUUACAACUUGCCACAGAGAAAGGCAGCUUUGAUGGUGGGGACCAGGGGCUAUUAAACACCUUCUUCAGCAGCUGGGCAACAACAGAUAUCAACAAACACUUGCCAUUUAUUUAUAACUUAAGCAGCAUUUCUCUAUACUCCUACCUCCCAGCAUUUAAAGCGUUUGGUUCAAAUGCUAAAGUGGUGCAUUUCCUAGGAAGAAUGAAACCAUGGAAUUACACAUAUGACUCUAAAACCAAAAGCAUAAAAGGUGACACAAGUGAUCCCACAAUGGUUCACCCAGAAUUCCUCAACAUGUGGUGGCAUACCUUCAUCACCAACAUCUUACCCCUACUAGAACAACAUGGUAUUGUUAAAGACGCCACUACAGGUGUAAAGGCGCUAUCGGGCUUGGUCUAUUCUCUGGCUUUCUCUUGUGGCUUCUGUAGAGAGGACGAGGUUACAGAGGCAGUGUCCCACAUGUCACUUUCAGCAGCAGCACUAACUUCGCCAUCAUCUCCCCCACCAGCUGAAUCUUCAGAAGAACGGAAGGAGAGGUGGGAGCAAGGCCAGGCUGACUACAUGGGAGCAGACUCCUUUGACAAUAUCAAGAAAAAACUUGACACUUACCUCCAAUAGAAGCACUUCUAUUGCCGAUAUUCAUAGAGAUACAAGAACUUCUUCCCGAGCUAUCGCAGCUAGGAAAGUGUUGAAUGUGGUCAGUUAAGCUUGCCUAGUAGCUUGAUAAAACUCAUCAGGCUGAAGAUCUUUGCAGUACUACAGGUGAGAACUGAGCAAAAGCUAUAAAGUAGAAAUCCUCGUGCCGGCUGUACCUGCACAAUCCUGAAGUCUUCCCUUUUAAGUAAAACUGCUGGAUAUGCCUAUUUAAAAAUAAAAACAAAAAACUGGGGAACAGGGCACUAAACUGGCUUGACACUUAUUCCUUUAAACCUGUAGGGCUGUGCUUUACCUCUUAAAAGAUGAAUGGCGUUACUCCUUUUGCUUGCUAUCUUAUAUAGGAGAUCAUAUAUUUUUGAGAUUGUUUAGAAGUUGAAGUGGUUGUAACACUGCCUUACUGUAAAUGUUAGUACUAAACUGUUAGCAUACAUGCAAACUUAAUACAACUUCUAACAGCAAAGGCACUGCUUUAUGGUAUUAGUCUCACACUGAAGAUCUUGACCAGGUUUUUAUGUACAGUACAUACAGCAUGGUAGAAUGUCUUUGUUUAGUUCUGUAUACUAUGGGACUAUAAAACUGAGUUUUACCUGUAAUAUUGCACUCAUUGCAAAAUAAAAACUCGUGAUGCA